GUAGCCGCUCGCAGAGCAGGUCUUGGUGCCCCAUCUGUGCACAAAGGCUCGCGUGCGUCCGGCGCCCCGUGGCUAGGACCGAGACACGCCGGCCUGCUCUGCAGGCUGGGAGCCGCGAGGAGUAAGGAGGCUCCCGCGCUCCCAGAGACAUCCUUCAGCGCUCCGAGCUCCUGGACAUGGAACCCUGUCGACUCGGCGCCUCUGCGCUCGGGCCGCUGCCCACCCCCCUGGAUCUAUAGUGCGGGACGGCCCCGCUCGGGACUCCGCGCUCGCCGGCCGUGCCUAGUCGUCUUUCCGCUUUUGUGUCCCGGCCGCGCGCCCUCUUUGCAGACCCGCGCCCGGCACCCUGGAGCCGCACCGGAGUGGGCGGUUCGAGCUGGGUCCGACGCGGCGACCUGGAGCCCCGAGCCCGCCGCGCUGCCGCGCCCCGCGUGUGCGCUCCCACCUCUCGCCCUGAGAGCAUCAAGGAGAGCGCCUCUGGCUUCCGCGACCACUGGAGCUGCUCGGCGCGCCCCGGAGCUGCGUGCGGUCUUCCCCUUUUCUGUCUGGAGUAUUGGGGCUUCCGGCCCGCGCCCGGUCCCUCCGCCGACCCGAGUGCACGGGGCUGGAAGUGGUUUGGCCAUGGCUGCGAGGAGGGACUCCGUGUGGAAGUACUGCUGGGGAGUUUUGAUGGUUUUAUGCAGAAGUGCGAUUUCCAGAUCGAUAGUUUUAGAGCCCAUCUACUGGAAUUCCUCGAACUCCAAAUUUCUACCUGGACAAGGACUGGUACUAUACCCACAGAUAGGAGACAAAUUGGAUAUUAUUUGCCCCAAAGUGGACUCUAAAACUGUUGGCCAGUAUGAAUAUUAUAAAGUUUAUAUGGUUGAUAAAGACCAAGCAGACAGAUGCACUAUUAAGAAGGAAAACACGCCUCUCCUCAACUGUGCCAGACCAGACCAAGAUGUAAAAUUCACUAUCAAGUUUCAAGAGUUCAGCCCUAACCUCUGGGGUCUAGAAUUUCAGAAGAACAAAGAUUAUUACAUUAUAUCUACAUCAAAUGGGUCUUUGGAGGGCCUGGAUAACCAGGAGGGAGGGGUGUGCCAGACAAGAGCCAUGAAGAUCCUCAUGAAAGUUGGACAAGAUGCGAGUUCUGCUGGGUCAACCAGGCAUAAUGAUCCAACAAGACGUCCAGAACUAGAAGCUGGUACAAAUGGAAGAAGUUCAACAACAAGUCCCUUUGUCAAGCCAAAUCCAGGUUCUAGCACAGACGGCAGCAGCGCCGGACAUUCUGGGAACAAUAUCCUUGGUUCCGAAGUGGCCUUAUUUGCAGGGAUUGCUUCAGGAUGCAUCAUCUUCAUCAUCAUCAUCAUCACACUGGUGGUCCUCUUGCUGAAGUACCGGAGAAGACACCGGAAGCACUCGCCGCAGCACACAGCCACGCUGUCCCUUAGCACGUUGGCCACACCCAAGCGCAGUGGCAACAACAAUGGCUCGGAGCCCAGUGACAUUAUCAUCCCACUGAGGACUGCAGACAGUGUCUUCUGCCCCCACUAUGAGAAGGUCAGCGGGGAUUAUGGGCACCCCGUGUACAUAGUCCAGGAGAUGCCUCCCCAGAGUCCAGCAAACAUUUACUACAAGGUCUGAGACUUGGCGGUGCCUUCGCUUUCCCGGAGGAAACUUACUGUCCCGCUGCCACCAGCCCAUGGAGGGCUGGAUGCCCUUGUGUCUCAAGUGGACUGAAGCACAGCGGGGGGAGGGAACACUCCUUCUCUGAAGAGCCCCGUUGAGUUGGACAGCUUACCUAGUCAGUAGCGUUUCGGCCGUGGUGAACACAGAUGCUCACCGACAGCUGGAAGACUUACGUAGAAGAUGCCCAUUAGGACUGUGGCACUUGCCUCACACCUCUGAUCCUCGAAGCCAUGUGCCGCAGUCACUCAGGCCUAUGUGAAGCCAAGGGAAGAGACAGAGUGGUUGGUGGACAAGAGAGCCUUGAGCAUCCUGGGUAGGUGCCCGGGGACGCCACGCCUGGAAAUGCCUCAGGUGUGCUCCUCGAUUGUCUCACAGACCUCUGGCUAAGUGGGGCUCGUAAAGAGCUCUCACUUUCAGUCCUCACUGUUGCACACUCCUGUUAUCCAGGGCUCUGCCGUACUUCACAAGAGGUUUCCUCUCACACCACGUUCUGUAUCACUAAUUGAACAUUAAUGUUUGGGGUCUCCUGCUCCAACCAUUUGCAACAACAGCUGCAAUUGAUUGGGUAAUAAUAUAAUACAUUUAUAGAAAUCGUGUUUGCUAAGAAGGAGCCUUCCUGUCAGAUGCUAGGCUGUCAGUGAGGAAGGCUAGGAGUUGGUGGAAGGGAGUGGGCUAGGAGAAAGGGCUGUCUUGCAAACACAGGUCAACACUGCUGCCUCUGAAACAGAAAGCUGGGAAACGGGAAAAAAAAAAAACCCAAUUAGGUAGCACAGCACUUCGGUUUCACUAAGAUUUUAAGAAGCAACUAGGAGACACAACAACACACACACAGCGGCUUGGGUGCAUUUAAAGGAUUCACUCUUAUUAAA